CGCUCGCGGGAAAAGGGGGCGGCGGCGCCCGCCUUGGCUGGCUGGAUCGACUCGGCUCCCGGCAGUAUAUAGAAGAAGCCCUGGCUGGGGGAUCCGGCGGCGGCAGCAGCAGCGAUCUGGCAAUUUCCUCCAGCUCCUGCUUCCUUUGCACACUUGGAUCAACUGCCCCCCCCACCUGCCAGUUCCUGCUGCUUUUGCAAAACUGUCCCGUCUGUCGGUGGGUCGGAUCCUGCAACCAUCAUGUCUCCAUCCUCGACGCCCUUCGCCAGCCCAUUCGCUAGACCUCGCUGCCUGGCUGCAGCGGCUCCGGCGGGCAAAACCAAACUUACCCAUCCGGGCAAAGCCAUCUUAGCAGGUGGCAUCGCUGGUGGCAUUGAGAUUUGCAUUACAUUCCCCACAGAGUAUGUGAAAACGCAGCUUCAGCUGGAUGAGAAAGCAAACCCACCCCGCUACAAAGGAAUUGCGGACUGUGUGAAGGUGACCGUCCGAGAUCAUGGGAUCAAGGGGCUCUAUCGUGGCCUCAGCUCUCUGGUUUAUGGUUCCAUACCGAAAGCCGCCGUGAGGUUUGGCAUGUUUGAAUUCCUCAGCAACCACAUGAGAGAUGCAGAAGGGAAGCUGGACAGCAAACGAGGGCUCCUGGCUGGCUUGGGGGCUGGCGUGGCUGAAGCGGUGCUUGUGGUGUGCCCUAUGGAAACCAUAAAAGUGAAGUUCAUCCACGAUCAGUGCUCUCCGCAGCCAAAAUAUCGAGGUUUCUUCCAUGGGGUGCGAGAGAUCAUUCGGCAACAAGGCCUCAGGGGAACUUACCAAGGUUUAACAGCGACUGUCCUGAAACAGGGAUCCAACCAGGCUAUUCGCUUUUUCGUCAUGACAGCUCUCAGGAAUUGGUACAAAGGAGAUAAUCCAAAUAAAGCCAUCAACCCACUUGUCACUGGGUUGUUUGGGGCGAUCGCCGGUGCAGCCAGCGUCUUUGGCAACACGCCACUGGAUGUCGUGAAGACCAGGAUGCAGGGUCUGGAGUCUCACAAGUACAAGAGCACUUGGGACUGUGCCUAUCAGAUCAUGAAAUAUGAAGGACCUCUUGCGUUUUACAAGGGCACGAUCCCCCGCCUGGGCCGGGUCUGCUUAGACGUGGCCAUUGUGUUCAUCAUCUACGACGAAGUGGUCAAGGUACUCAACAAGGUGUGGAAAACGGACUGAGUGCCCGCCGAGGGCGGCACCACCUCCUCCCCACCUGCCAGGCAACAGCGGGGAGGGGAGGAGAAGGCACGACCCACCAGAGACGAGGGGGGGUCCUACCCACAACUCGCUCCCCCCGCCCACCCGGCAAGUUAGUGCCAGCAUUCCAGGGCUCCUUCAGCUCCACAGGUGGGAUCUGGAUACGGAUCACGUCCCCGACCCACUGUCUUCAUAUCAAGCUCAAUGACACGUUUUAUUUAUAUCCGAAUGAACUGUGGCCGUGUUACUGGUUGUUGUUUUUUAAUUACUGAUGAUAUGAUAAUGUGACCAGAUUGGAUGGGGGAACAGAGAUGGGAUGGUUUUGUGCUACAUCUCCAGCUGCUAAAGUUGGGGGACCGGGGUGAAGGGGCAAGUUUGACUGGUGCCCGUCAGAAAGAGAAAGGGAACUUUCUCCCCCCACCCCUGUCCCCUGCACUGACCCCAACAUCCGCUAGAAUAAAAGUUCAAGAAGCUUUUUCCCCUUUUAGAAGCAAUCACACACAUGAAUUUACAGGUUCCCAAUCGCUGGCCUAGAUCAGUGUUUCCCAAACUUAGGUCUCCAGCUGUUUUUUGGACUACUUCUCCCAUCAUCCCGAGCUAGUAGCACCAGUGGUCCGGGAUGAUGGGAAUUGUAGUCCAAAACCAGCUAGAGACCAAAGGUUGGGAAACCCUGGUCUAGAGCAAGGAUGGCCUUCCAGAUCUUGCGGCAGUACUGCCCUUCAAAUAUUGAUGUACUCCAACUCCCAUCAUCCCUGCCCAUUGGCCAUGGUGGCUCUGGCUGAUGGGACUUGGAGUCCAAUGACUUAUGGGGUGCCUCUGCUGUCUUUCUGAGAAGCUGGCAUUGAAACAUGAGCUAAGAAGAAGUCCCUGGUUGUUUGCCAGAAGGCGAUUGCCAGCGCGUUGAGCUCCAGCUUACCAGCCAAAGAAGAUCUCGCCAAUUGUUGACCGACUGUGCCAACUCAGAAAGCUUACAGAGGUAGGGAAAUGAUGUCAGACAUCUGGGUGUUCGCCAGUCUUUCAUAUGCCCCUUCCCCCAGUUGCUGCCAGCAGAGAAGAAACCCUUUGGAGGUCAUGACACACAUGCACACACCCCCAAAAA